UCCAUUUACGGCCCCAAGCGGGAGAGUCCUCUUUAAGUCCAUAAAACCCCAAAAGAAAGACGUGGCAGGGAAGCAAAGGAAGGUCCGAAUCCAUUUGUCCCCAUCUUUCGGCAAUCGCCGCCUAGUCGGAACUCCCGAUACCUGACCCACCAGCGCAAGCAAUCAUGUCCAUGAUUGAUUGAGUGAACCAGCGUCUUAGGGUUUCUUUUUCCAAUUAGAAUUGUGGGUUCGAGAUUGGAGCUUCGAAAAUGUCUCUGAGAAUCAAGGUGGUGGUGGACAAGUUCGUACAGGAGCUCAAGGAAGCUUUGGAUGCGGAUAUUCAAGACAGAAUCAUGAAGGAGAGGGAGAUGCAGAGCUACAUCGAAGAACGCGAACGCGAAGUCGCCGAGCGCGAAGCUGCUUGGAAAGCCGAGCUCUCUCGCCGUGAGGCAGAAAUUGCCAGACAAGAAGCAAGGCUGAAAAUAGAGAAGGAAAACCUUGAGAAAGAGAAGAGUGUUCUGAUGGGAACUGCAUCAAAUCAAGAUAACCAAGAUGGAGCUCUUGAAAUCACUUGAACAUUACAUGAGGUUAUGUGAAUAGCACCCGGAAUUUUAUGGGCACUUUUUUUCGAAAUUCCGGUUGUUGACUGUCAUGAAAAAAGUAUAUGAGAUUGCCCGCUUUGGCUGGUAGAAGAAAACAGACUUUGUUCAAACCUGUUCGGGAAAGAAUCUGGUAUAAGAUUACGGGCUGGAAGGAGAAGCUGCUGUUCUCAAGCUGGGAAAUAAAUUCUGUUAAAAUCGGUGAUUCAAGCUAUGCCCACCUAUUAUAUGAGUGUGUAUCGUAUGCCAUUGCAUUUGUGUCACGAAUUAUCAGGACUUUUAGCUCGUUUCUGGUGGAGUCGAAUGAAAGGAAAGAGUGGGAUUCCUUGGUCUCAGCUGUGUCAAUGUAAAUUGAUGUCCGACCUUAUCACAACUGAUGGGUUAUGCAAUUAUCAUUUGAUUAAUUACUAGUUCCUUCUAGUG